AUGACUAAAACGCAAGCCGAAGAAUGGUCCGACUGCGAAAGCGACAAAGACGAUUACAACACUCCCGAAGGUUAUAAAGCCAAUGUGGGCCAAGAGUAUAAAGCGACCGAAGAAGACUUGAGAAACGAGUUUAAGGAAGCUUAA